CGCCUAUCCAACGAGAAGUCUUCCGUUGCGGCUACCGCGUCGAACAGGUUCGUCAAGUAUUCUCGUGUUUGGCAUGCACUGGAGUGGGAUACCAGCCGCCUCAUUACUCUGUUCUGGUGAGAACGCUGUCAUUGGCGGCCCCCCUCCUGUCUACCUGAAAUUACCCCAUGCCCUCUCCACACCCUCGGUUCUAUGGGGGAACUGCUGCUGACGGUUAUCCCGCUCAUAGCCAUCGAACAACUGAUAAAACCCCCCAUCUGAUCCCAUGGACCCCUGAAGGCUGCGUAUAUGUGAGAGGAUACAAGUCUAGGAGGGAAAAUUUCGGCUUGGCUCAUCUUCUUGGCAUCGGAGUUUCGUGUCUGUUUGAACUACCCAGCUUCAUGGCACAGCUUUCGAUGGAUCAACCAUAGCAUUGACGUCGACGACCGCUUCUCUCCGUCCCCCAGUCCUGCUCUCCCCAGCUACACAACCCGACACGUAUAACAGGCGAUGCAGGAAAAAUCAAGCACUGUCGCCGCUUACGCGGCGGGAGCAUCUCUUGCGGCUAUUGCUCUAUUCUACGUCUUCGGCCCCAACUACACUAUCGAUGGAGACGAGUCACACGACAAUUCCCGCAAGAAGAACAUUGUUGGCUUGUCCAAUCCCGCCAAUGAUUGCUUCAUAAAUUCGGUGCUGCAGGCUCUUGCAGGGCUUGGUGACCUGCGUGUCUACCUGAUCAGAGAGCUCCAUAGGCGGGAACUAGACGGUUCCGAUUUAUACAACGAACUUCCCCCACCGGACGAUAUGCCUCGGGAUGCGAAGCCGGACAGGAUAAGGGAACUGCAACAGGGUACCAUCACCAGAGCUCUCAAGGAGAUGCUCGACCGACUGAACGAACGCCCGAUCUACAAGAAAACCAUAUCUGCGCGACCCUUUAUCCAGUCUCUUGAGUACGCCUAUCGGACGCGGAUCAGUCGUAGUCAGCAGGAUGCCCAGGAGUUCUUGCAGAUUGUCGCAGAAAGACUUUGCGAUGAGUACCACGCCGGCGUGAAAGCACGAUCACGAGCGAAGGCCAUGUCAGAGUUGUCGCCAGGUCCGGAGGCUGUAGAACUAGGCAAUGGGACUUCUCCCAACAGCACUGCAGAAGUUGAGGUGCGGAUUGAUGACGGAUCUGAGAACGGGUUGCCCGCCAUUAUUGACAACAAACUCAAAGAAAUCGACCACGAGUACGGCUUCCCUUUUGAAGGAAAGCUCGAGUCCCAGAUCGAGUGCCUGUUUUGCCACUAUCAGUACAAGCCUAACCAGACUUCUUUUGUAAAUCUGACCUUACAAGUGCCUCAAAAGAGCUCGACCACGCUUAGCGCCUGCUUUGACGGUUUACUCAAAACUGAAUAUAUUGAAGAUUUCAAGUGCGACAAAUGUCGAUUGCAGCAUGCUCUUGAGGUCAAGGCCCAGGAAUUGCACCGGACCCGCGCCAAAGAUGACCGGGCCAGGCUUGAGGCAGAAAUUCAGCAAAUUCAGACAGCCCUCGCUACAAAUCCAGAAGGUCCUUUAGAGGGUGUAAUCCUGCCCGCUUCUGACCUUGCCCCCAAACGGAAAAUUGCGAGGCAUAUGCGGAUAACGGCCUUCCCCAAAAUCAUUGCCAUUCAUCUGUCGCGAUCGAUCUUUGACCACAGCAGCUCUACCAAGAAUGCAGCCAAAGUAUCUUUUCCGGAGCGGCUGCCGUUGGGUGGUAUCCUGAGCCGAGAAUGGUACAAACUGUUGGCAAUUGUCUGUCAUAAAGGUAGCCACCAUAGCGGGCAUUACGAGUCAUUCCGACGCAAUAUCCUUUAUCCACCCUUCUCAACGCCAGAUGUAUUCAGCUCGUACGCCCAGAGUCGGGCAACUAGCGAAAACCCAUCCGAAGCGCCUAGCCCUCAGCUAAAGGCUCGCAACUCGUCAGAGAGCGAGCCGGCACCUCUAAGCAUCUCGACAUCGACAUCGACAGGGUCACCAACCCGUCCCUCUCAACUGCAACCACCCCCGUCACCGACUCCUCGACCGACAUCAAGUCCACGGGUGUCUUUCCAGAGCACUCGCUCGAAGUCGUCAACAUCUAAGCAAAACCUGUCGCCUGUGUCAGACCCGCACAGCUCAUCCUCCACAGAGGGUGGACGCUGGAGCAAGUCGUUUUCGCGAGCGUCGUUCGCCAGCGAUCGCAGUACGCCAGCAACUUCAGUUGAAGCAUCAGCCGGCUCCAGCAGUCGGCUCCGUCGACGCCGUAAGCAGAACGACCGAUGGUGGCGUGUCUCGGACGAAAAAGUCAAAGAAUGCAAAACAUCCGAUGUUUUGGGGAUGCAGCGAGAGGUCUACCUCUUGUUCUAUGAGAUUGAGAAGCCCACGCCUGGCGCGUAAGCGGUCUUCAAUUUCACUUCUAUUUUAUGCAUAUACGAGGGGAAAAGGAACAAACGCAUACUGGAUAAAUAGAGGAGUAUCUCGGGGGUAUAUACAAACCCAUUUCACCGACUCCAUGUAAGGAGCCUUGUCGCGCAGCGGCUCAGGAAUGACAGUUAUGCAAAAGGAACAUCAAAACCAUAUUAGACAGUACACAGUAUUAGACACAUGCACGAGGUUCCUACUUCUUAUUUUUCGAGAUAGAAAAAACACAGCUCACAUCACGGA